CUCUCCUCUCCGUAGCCCCUUCAACGCCAUGUCUAUACAACAUUUCGGCAAAGGGGCCCUCCGCGUCGCUAAAAACUACACGAAAGGCUACUCAGAUGUUCAAGCCAAGGUCCGCGAGGCCACUUCCAACGAUCCUUGGGGACCGUCGGGCACGCAGAUGAACGAGAUCGCUCAAAUGUCCUACAAUCAAAAUGACUUCGUCGAGAUCAUGGAGAUGCUGGACAAGCGGCUCAAUGACAAGGGCAAGAACUGGCGCCACGUCUUCAAGUCUUUGACUGUCCUGGACUACCUGCUCCACGCGGGCUCCGAGAACGUCGUCAUCUAUUUCCGCGACAAUAUCUAUAUCAUCAAGACGCUCAAAGAGUUCCAGUUCGUCGACGAGUUUGGCAAGGAUCAGGGCGCGAACGUCCGUCAAAAAGCAAAGGACAUCACAAAUCUGCUCACAGAUGAGGCUCGUCUGCGGCAGGAGCGCCGCUCGCGCGCGAGCAUGCGCGAUCGCAUGUUGAGUACGCCGGGCGAAGCCGAUGGGGAUGGCGAAGAGUUCCCGGGCGAGAAUGAGAAUGCCACACGGAGGACCUUGAAGCAGGGCCCGAAGGACGAGGAUGAGCUGAAGCGGGCGAUCGAAGAGAGCAAGAAGACGUUGGCGGAGGAGCAGGCGCGUGCAGGUGAGGAUAGGGAUUUGGCGCAGGCAAUCCGGCUGAGCAAGGAGGAAGAGGAGAAGAGGAACAGGGCGGUGGUGGAUUCGAACGGGGCGUCGCUCUUCGACGAUCACAGCAAUCUAAAUCCCAACAACAAUCUCCUUGGCGACCCGUCUCAAUUCAAUACUGGUCUCCAGGCGCAGUACACAUCUCUUCAACCCCAGUUUACGUCCUUCAAUCCAUACCAACAGCAGGCGCAACAGGAGGCUAUGCAGGCCGAGUAUCUGCGACAGCAGCAGGAAUGGAUGCGCCAGCAGCAAGAACUGCAAGCUGCGCAGGCCCAAGCGCAGAUGCAGCAAGCCCAGCAGGAAGAAUGGAUGCGCCAACAACAGCUCCUCCAGAUGCAACAGCAGCAACAGCAACAGCAGCAGUACCUUGCCGCACAGCAGCAGCUCAUUCCACAGCAGACCUCGUUCGGCUCGAACAAUCCCUUUGCGUCUUUCUCUAACGCACCACCACUCCCAAGCCAGCCCUCACCUGCGCCGCCUGCGUCGUCGCUAUCGAAUUUCUCCCUCCCGUCAACGUACGAGACGCACUCGCCCCACACGAAUCUGUCAUCGUCGCUAUCGCCUGCACCGAUUUCAUCCGCGUCGUCCUCACCCGGCCCAAGUCGGCCGACGCGGGCAGAUCAGGAACAUGCGCACCUGGCAAACUUGUUCGCAGCGCCAAGAGACGACGGGCUGGACACGUUCGGGAACAUUGGCCAACUUCGUUAUGGGGGCACAGACGCUGGGCGACUGGCAGUACAGAAGACGGGGGCGCCCAACAACGGCUACAACCCCUUUGCGCAGCAGCAGCAACAACAGCAGCAACAACAUCAAAACGGUGAUCAGCCAUUCUUCUCCGUUUAACGACACCAUCCAGCAGUACAAUACGGCGUCUGUUUCUGCCCUCCAUAUUAUUUGUCUCAGGUCUCCAGUAAUUGGCGCACAAAGCACGUUCAUUCUUUUUUCUUCUGCCUUUCUCCUCGUCCUUUUCCACCUCCACCUCCUAGUCUACACCCUCGCUUAUACCCCCUCGCUCGUUUAUCAACCGAACUUAUUGUGUCCAUCCCUCUCGAACAGGUUCUAUCUCCCGACUUUCUGUCUUCCGUCUUCUUUUCCCCCCUUUUGUGUGUGUGCUGUUUCUGCUUCAUUCUUGUUUAUGACGCGGCUUGUACAAGUCUGUAAAUUCACGACAAAGACUAGUUUCUACCGUAU